ACCAAGCAAAUGGCGACCAGACUGAAAAAACGAGGAAAAACAAAGCAGGAAACUGCUGAGUGGGACAGCUUAUUCCUCCAAGAACUGAGUACUGAAGAACAAUCUUUGGUCUUUGUGAAACGAAUGCUAGUGCUUGCAGUGUCCUCCAUAACCUACUUACGAGGAAUAUUUCCAGAAGAUGCCUAUCGAUCUCGCUAUUUAGAAGAUUUAUGCAUCAAGGUUCUUAGAGAGGACUGUUCAUCUCCAGCAGCCAGCAGAAUCGUCAAAUGGAUGAUGGGGUGUUUCGAUGCUUUGGAGAAGAGAUAUUUGCAGAUUGUGCUUAUUGGGGUGCACAGAGACCCACAUGACACCAACCAUGUCAUAGAGUCGUAUCAGUUUAAGUUCAAAUACUCAGAACAUGGGCCACAGAUGGACAUCUUUAGAAAUGACAGUAUGGAGAUGAGGGUGACCAUGGAGGACACAAAGAAAGCUUCGGUUCUCCUGAUCAGGAAGCUGUUCCUUCUCAUGCAGAAUUUGGACGCUCUGCCUGAUGACGUGUACCUCACCAUGAAGCUCUACUACUAUGAUGAUGUCACCCCACCAGACUACGAGCCGCCGGGCUUCAAAGAGGGGAUAUGUGACAGUCUGUGGUUUGAAGGCACAGCAGUACAUUUCAGAGUGGGUGAACUGCACACACCCUUCCACGUCCUGAAGGUCGGGGUGGCGGCUGAGGAAGGCAGAGUGAGCAAACUGCAGGAGGGCAACCACCUGAGAGAAAGCGUCCAGGAUUCAGCGCAGCAGAACGUCGGUCAGCUCACUGAGGAGGUAAGCGAUUGUUGUUUUGAGGACCUGCCAUCUGAGGAUGAAUCGGCUGCACAGUUCAAGCAACCGACAAAAGCCCCGGCUAAGAGAGGAGGCAGAAACCCAGCAAAGAGGAGGAAGAGGGAAGUUUAAAAUCAGCCUUCAACCUUUGGAAAGGGACAAGUAGGCCAAUGUCUGAUUCUGUCCCAUAGUUUGUUUAUUUAUUUACUUUUUUGUGUUUUAAAAUUACCUACACACAGUAUGUAAAUUAUUUCUUAUAUGAUUUAUUUGGCAUGGGUGUUUAUGUUUUUGUUAUUAGUGCUCUAUGUGUCAGUAAAGGACAAUUUUUUCAUAGAUUGUAGUUUAAUAGACAAAGAAAAUGUGCUUAAAA